CCCCCUACUCCCCUUUGUCCGCCACCACUAAUUUUACUGUCAAAGGGAGCGGCGAAACCUCGUCAUCGCGUGGAACGCCGCGUCCGUUCUCCUCCUUGCCCUUCUUCCCCUCCCAUUACCUUCCUUUCUUCUCUGCGACGCAAUCGGGCCCUCUAGGGUUUCGUUUCCUUAAAUUCUCUCUAGGGUUUUCUGUUCGCUCCUCCGGCCGCUGAUAUCUUUGAUUUUUUAAGAAACGGAGUUGUGUUUAAGAAAGACACGAUGAAGCGAUCGAUGAAAUCGAAACGGGUCUCGUGGGCUCCGGGGGUUAAUCUUUGUCAGGUUGCUCUCUUCAAGAAAGACGAUCCUGCUUCCAGUGUUGGACUCAAGCAUGUUCAGAUCCACACAUCAUGCAAUUCAUAUGCAGAUGGUCUCCAACCCAAUUGUCUGCCCCCUGGGUUUGGAUGUUCCACAUUACAGGUUUCCCAUGUCCCUGCCGUCAAGUGGAGUUCUCCUCCCAAAUUUGCUGUAAACCCCAACUGGCGUGUUGCAGCCAGUGAAGAAAGUCAAGAGGUGGGAGCCCAACUUCUCAGAGAAUCGAAAGAGCUAGAAUCAGUUUAUCCUCGUUCAUCCUCAAUCCCAUCUAGUCCGUCUGUUUCUUUGGAAGCUCAAGCAGAACGAUUCAAUGAUAACCUAACUCCGGUAAUACCGAUAAUUCCCAUUGAGGAAGUCGAGACUGUUGAUCCGCAACUGCACCUCAAGCUGCCACCUUGUGCCCCUGAAGCCCGUCAAAUUUCAGAGCCCGAAACUCGUAAACGAGUCCCCCCACCAACUGAGAAGACAUCUCCCCCGAAGCUGACGGUGGUGGCUACCGCAGGCACUGAUGCUGCUGCUGCUGCUGCUUCUGCAGCGUUAACUGUUCUCCUCAAGAGCACUGAGCGGGGAAGCAUGAUCGACACGAAUUUGCUCAUCAAGAUCCUCAGCGACCCGAAGAUGGUUGAGAAGCUAAUGAAAAAUUCUGCGGGGAGCUUCUCUUUGCCCAAGUUAAAUCCGACAGUUUCCUUGCCAGUUCCGGACAUCAAAGCGCCAAAGCUGGACAUGCCUCAAGCUCCCUCAGGGCGAAAGCUGGACAUUCCAUCUUAUGGUUCGGAUCUGAUCAAAACCGCUCAUGCUCCAGGUCUGGUUUCGGUUCCUAUUCCUGUUACUGCUCACGCUAAUGGUCAGGUUCCAUUUUCAAGAUCAGCAGUCCCCUUCACCAAGACCAACCCGAUGAAUCUAACCCCUGUGGUUGCUCCAAUUCCUGCCCCGGUGUCCUCUGCUGAAGCUGCGAAACCACAGCCUGUGAAAGGAAUCGACUACUAUAAAAACCUUAUAAGGCAACAUGGAGUAGAAACACAACAGGACAUGGUUCAAAUCAAUGGAAUUCAGAAUCCCCUGGACAACUCGAUUUCAGAUCAUCAGAAACUAAAACCCAUGGAAAUGACCCCUAAACGCCAGCAUCAGCAGAAGCAUUGCAUGUUCUAUAACAGCCCACAGGGGUGCCGGAGGGGCUCUAAUUGCCCAUUCCAGCACGGGCCUAUCCUGCCCCAGUGGCGGACUGGUACUUUGAUGGACGAACCGAGUGCAAAGAGGAUGAGGUUGGGCGAUGAAAUCAUGGGUAGGUAAUAGUGGUCGAGGUUACUGGACGGUGAAAGUGGAGCUGAGUCAGACUCCAUUAAAGAUUUACACUAUGGUUUGAUAACUCGAUUGCAACCUCUAAACCAGUUGACUCAGUCGAAUAUAAAACGGUAAAGCCGCGAUCCGAUCAGAGCAAAAGGUUGAUAGUUUGAGAGGGUACAGAGCUUUUAGCAAUGAGCGCAAUGGUUAUUGAGAUUGAAUUGGAAGAGGGAAAAGCUCCACUAAUUAGGGUCAAAAGAUAUGGACAAUGCGGAAAUUAUUUGAUUCUUUUUUUUUUAUUAUCCACCUAAUGUUAACCUUUUUUAUUUUCGAAACUUGCA